AUGAAUCCCAACGACCCAAGCAACCCCAACAACGCGACCCCUCCUCCUCUGCCCUCCAACCGCGGAACCCCCUCCGCCGUCGCCUCCGCGAGACCGAACCAUAGCCAGCGUCCGAGCGUGAGUGCCGUCGAUGACUCGUCGUUGCCUGUGACCGCCAUGAGCGAAGACGCCGUCGUCGCCGCCGCCGCCGCCGCCUCCAAGCCUGCGGCCAUGCCCUUUGAUGCGCCCGCCUCCGCCAGCAACGGCGGCGAGAGGGUACGUUUCGGCACCCAUCGAACCUACGUCCGAAUGAGCUCACCAGCUGACAUUCUUCCCCUCUUGCUCUUCCCCCCCACACAGUCGGUUGUCGUUCGAUGCGAUACCUUCAUCACCACCGUCACCGUCACCGCCGACACCUCACCCGGCGACAUCAUCCAAACCGUCGCGAGACAGACGAAGCAUCCCGUGACCGCCUCCACCUCGGUCCUUCUCGAGGCCUACUCCGCCCUCGGCCUCGAGCGUCCUCUUCGCCGCUACGAGCGGGUCCGCGACACGCUGAAUUCCUGGGACAGCGAUCAGCAAAACUCGCUCAUCGUCGUCGCGAGCGAGACCGUCAGCAACGACCAGAACCUCGACAUCGACUCCGUCGACCGCACCGACGACCCGCCCCCGGGCUUCUGCGUCCAGCUUCACCACUCCUCCCGACCGGGCAAGUGGCAGAAGCGCUGGAUGACCCUCCUCGACAGCGGUCAGAUGUUCCUCUCCAAGCGACCCGACGCCGGCCCCUCCGACAAGGACAGCACCGUCGUCUGCCACCUCUCCGACUUCGACAUAUACAAGCCCAAGGAGAGCGAGCUGCGGCGGAACCUCAAGCCGCCCAAGAAGUUCUGCUACGCCAUCAAGAGUCAGCAAAAGACCUUCGUCUUCCCCAACGGCACCAACUUCGUCCACUUCUUCUGCACGGACGAUCAUCAGCUCGCCACCCGCUUCUUCGACCUCGUUCACGGCUGGCGGAGCUGGUACCUCGCCAGCAAGCUGGUGCCCCCCGAGGAGGAGAUCAGCGCUCCUCCGCCGCCGCCCAAUUUCAGCAACCCCUUGAUCAACAGGGCAAAGUCGAACAAGGAAACCUUGCGCAUCUCCAUCGACGGCAGCGGAGAGCCGCUCAUGGACGUCAGCGGCUUCAAGGCGCCCGACAUCUCGACCCUCACCCUGCCACCCCGCAAGACGUCGUCCAAGGGCUCGUCCGGGAGCAAGUCGUCACCCACAAGCCCCGACGGGCCCGGGACCUUCUCCUCCGAAGGUCUCCUCGGCGACGGCUACGAGAAGCGCCGGCAGGCCGAGGCGGCGACGAGAGCGGCCAACAAAUCGGCCAAAGUCGAAGGUCCCUACACCGAAGGUCCCUCUCUCCUGAACGGCGGCAUCCCCUCGAACACGACGACCGCCGCGGAGACCAAGUCUUGGUUUCCCUCGGCUUCCGAGCACACGGCCCGCAUCCGAGCCAAUUCCCUCCACAACACCCGCCGACCCCCGAGGGUGACGGAUCCUGACUUGCUCCGACGGGAGAAUCCCAUGCCUGCGCCGCUCCUCCAGUUUGACGACGCGACCCUGCCCCAGCCAUCGCGCCAUCACCAUCAUGGACCCAAGUCGAGCCCCAACAGGACCCGCUCCAUGGGGAGGCGCCCCGGCGCCGGCGGCGGACCGCUCAUCGAUUUCGCCACCGGCGGUCAGUCCGAGCCACUCCCGAACGGGCCGCCGAAGCGGACCGUAUCCCGACGAGGUCUCCCCGCUUCGGCACCUGGCGUGCAAGGCCCUCCGUCGCACGAGCUUUCCCGGACCAGGAGCCGCUCGAGCGCGGGAUCCGUCCGCAGCAGCCACUCCCGCCGUCACGGUCCCGACAACCAUUCUGCGCCUCCCGUGCCUCCCUUGCCCAACCGAUCCCCGCGCCGCGAUCAGUUCGACAUGCCGGUGUCUCCCCAAGGCCGCGGGCUGCGCCGUCCCGAACCGCUCGUCGACCGUGCGCGGUAG